AUGUAUGAUGAUGCUUUCGUUGUCUUCGGGAACAUUCUUGAAUUCUUCCCUCCCAUCGUGCUGUGGGUUCUUGGGCUGAUAAGCAUGUCGUUUGUUUUGACAUGGAUAAAGUGGAAAUCCGACGUCUCCGAGUUGCAGAAAGAUUCAGAAUUCCAGAAUCAAUCUCUCGAUCUCAUCUGCACCUUCCCCAAGUGUGGGAAGACACUGAAGGGAGAUGAAAUCAGCGAAAGAAUCCCCAGCAAGAUUGUAUCUGACAUGUUCUACUGCUCGAAGACGUGUAUGAAACGCGAUUGGAAAGAGAACAACCACCACAGCGUUGCCAUGCUGUUCAAGCGGAGAAAGGAGGAACUCGAGCGACAGGUGCAGACUGAACGCGAUCAGUUGUCAAGGAGUUGGCAAGAUCAGCUGGCUGAUCUUAUUCCAGACCCGCACUCUAUGGAGAAUCUUAACGUGCAAGCGGUUUUUGAGAAGGUGUCGAUGCAGAUCGAGGCGGAUGCUGCCAACCUUACGGCAAAGACGUUUUGCAGUGCUUACAUGAAGAAGUUUGGGUACGCGAUUCAUCACUGGGCGUAUGAAUGCUACAAGUGCAGCGGAAAAGGCUGCGUGCUAGUCCACUUGUCAGACAAGGCGCUGGAGGCGACCCAUGGCGCUCCGAUCUCUUACAUCAACCUGAGGGCCGCUCUCCGUCUGCAGUACAAGCGACUCUCGAGGAUGCUGCAGACCUACGAUCCGAUGCAGCAGCUGGUGCUGUUGCUGAUGCAGUCUGUAGAAGAUUACACGGACCUGUUUGCGAACGAGAGCAAGAAAGACAAGUGA